GUCACAGUAGAGCGAGAAACCUAGAGAGGGAAAGUGAAGAAAGAAAUGGAGAUGAGUGAGAGAUAGUAAAUUUUAGGGUUUUCGAUUAUCCCUUCAAUUUUUAAUCGAUUAAAAUUUUCCUUCUCUCUCUACAGUUUGUUGAAUUUAACCCUAUUUUUAUCAGUGAAUUCAACCGUGUAUUUUAUUUGCCCUCUAAAAAGCUUGGAUUUUUCGUUUUCCUCUGGUGAAGCGGUCGGUUUUGUUGAUUUUCCGGUGAAACAUUUUUUUCUCGGUUUUGGUUUCCUCGGUAGACCGUUUGAUCCUUUUCCGAUCCCGGAUUAUCCCGAUUUUCCCCGGAACGCAAUAUCUUUGAAUCAUAAUCGAAUCGCCGAUUCUAAAAAUUUUGAGCUUUUAGCGGCGUUUCAGUUCUGUAAAAUUAAAAUAUUUGAUUUAAAAAAGUUUGUCUUUUUUUCACUUGGAGCAAAGGUUCUAAAUUUGGGACUUCUAAGGGCUUUUGUGUUUUUGGUGACUUUGGUUGCACAAUUUUGAGGAAAGAAAAAAGGGUCAUUAAACUGUAGAAAAAAGAAAACAGUGGUAUUAGAAAAUGACCCAUUUUAUUGGAUAAAUUUGUUUGGGCUUGAGUUUUUUUGAAGAAAAUCUAUAGUGAAGACAGUUUGCUUGAGCUUAAUUUAGAAGCUUUUAUUUUUUUGCUUCAAUUGUUAUUCAAAAAAUUGUUGGAUUUAAUUAAAAUCUUUCCAAAUUUUGAUCUUCUUUUUUAAUUAUCAAACUCAAUUGAUCAUUUCCUAAUUUAGUGGUUAACUGCAAGAAAAAGUAACCAUUUUGACUUAAAAAGGAAGAGGAUUUAUGUAGUUUUAAGGUUGUUCCAAAAAAAUGGCAGUUUCCUUUCCUGGUUUUCCAUGGUGGUUUUGGGGUGGUGGAAGUAAAGAGAAACAACCUGUUUCAAAUGGGUCUUCUUUAAAUUCUCUGAAUUCUUCUUCUUCUGAUUGGGGCUUGGGGUUGAGAGAGUCUGAAACUGUUAAAUUCCAGACAAAAAUAACCCCAAAGAAGGGAAAGGGACAGUGGCAAAGUUGUGAAGAGAGGAGGGUGGUUGAUAAAGAAUGCGAUAUCGUGGUAGUUCCAUCAGAUGGCAUGCAUUUGUCUGGAUAUGAAUCAGAUGGUCCAGAAUGGUCCAUUGGGUGGGAAGAGCCCCACGGUCCUGGCUUUCAAGGUGAUGGUGAAGAUGAUGGUGGGUUUGCUGUGCUGGUUCCUUGUUAUAGACCUGGUUGCAAGGAAAUCGUAGAGGCCUCUAAUAACCAGCUCUUGUGUGCAAUCAGGAACCUCCCUAAUGGCUUAUCUUCUGAGGGAAGCAACUCUAUGCAGCAGUGGUUCUCUUCUCUUCAGAACUUCUGAAAGCCUAGAACUGGCUGCUUGAAUGUUGAUAAGUUUCUGUUAAUAUUUCAGCCUUGGAGUACUCUUGAAGAAGUAAUCUUAUUAUAGUAUCAGAGAAUAAUGUAAAAAGAAUAGCAAGCGAUGGUAGAGAUGAAUGGUAGGAUCUGCAUCAACUUCUGAUAGAAUGCAGAGGACCGACAUCCAUGGAGAAUGGAGAUGCACAGAGGAUGCUUUAUUCUCUGCUUCAAGAAGACACUUGUUCUCAGGAUUUUACUCUGUUUUGUUAGUCAUCCUUCCUGCUUACAUGCGUUGAAUUGAUAUCAGGAAAAACAAUGAUAUGAUGGAGAGUCUUUUUGUUUUCAGUAAAUAGUAUUACUGUGAAUACGAUCCUUGCUUUUCAGCUCACCGCUACUGUGAAUAAUUUUGAUAUUUUCCUCGAGUAAUCUACCGUCCUAUCAAUUCUGUAAAUCCUUUUUUGACCUCUACCAUGAGGAUUAUUUUUCUGUUAUAUUUUGCUGCAUUCUUGUAUUGAUCGAUUGCAUGUUGUUUAGUUUGUGUCAUGUAGUUACUUAU